AUGGAAAAACUCAUCGUGGUUCUGGCGACCGUCGGGUUCUGCUGGGCCAGCGAACUGGAGUUAGGAGGUCAUGGACUGACUUUGGGGGAAAUUGACGUGGGUCACGGAGGAGGGAUCAGCUUGGAUGAAAUAGGAGGAUUGGAGCACGGGGGUGGUCUGGAGAGUUAUGGAAGUUACGGAGGAGGUUAUGGAGGUGGUCAUGGAGGUGGUCAUUUUAUACCCGUUGUUAAAGAAAUUGGAAUCCCAGUAGCGAAGAAAGUUCCACUGUUCGUGCCAAGCUUGCAAGUUCAGUCCGUUCCCCAAAGCUAUCCGGUUCCGGUGGUCGUGCAGAAACCCGUGCCAUAUCCGGUGGAGAAACAAAUAUUCACAAAGGUGGAGAAGAAGGUGCCCACCCCGAUAGAGAAAAUCAUACCAGUGAAGGUUGAGAAGCAUGUCCCAUUCCAUGUGGUGAAACACGUUCCUGUACCUGUGCCAAAACCUAUUCCCAUCAAGAUCCCAAUUUAUAAAACGAUCAUACACAAACACAAGGGCCACUGA